GGGAGGCUGAGGGGCUGGCUCAGCAAAGAAUAUAAAUAAAGGACAGAAUGAUGCAGAUAGAGCAAGACAUCUGAACUUUUCUUCAAGAAGGCCAUGCACAAAGGUUGUGUGAUUGUUCAGAGAUGAAUCGUGCUCCAUGCUUCCUGGCGUUGGGGCUGUGCCUGGCUUUCUCCUACCAACUUUCUGCAGAAGAGAGUCUGGGGGGACCGUUCAUUCUUAGUGCUGUGGAGGAUGCCAAGAGGACUGUUGAUGAAGCCUACAAAUACUCACGAGAAGAGAGUCUGUCCCGUGUGCAGAAGGGGUCGCCCAGGCCUUCAGAUGUUCUGCGUCUGCUGAAGCAGCCGGCCCGGGACGCACGCUCAGCAGUGCGAGCUGCAGACUACAUGGACUACACUCUCACACUGAUCCAGCAGAGGGCGCACCACCUGCACAAACGCUCGCUCAAUGUUACAGAUCUGCUCACCCCUGAUGAACUGGGCACCAUCGCCCGUCUGACAGGCUGUGCAGCGCGAGUCCGGCCUCCGUCCUGCCACCUGAUCCCAAAGAUCAACACGUACCGAACUGCCACUAGCGUCUGCAACAAUCUGAAAUUUCCUCUGCGUGGGGCCUCCAACACGCCCUUCACCCGCUGGCUGCCCCCUAAAUACGAGGAUGGGUUCUCCCAACCCAGGGGAUGGGACCCCAAAAGAAGCUACAAUGGAUUCUUACUCCCCCUGGUCCGAGAGGUCUCCAACAGGAUUCUGGCCGCAUCUAGGGUGGGCAAUGACCAGGCGUUCACCUUCCUGCUGACCAUCUUUGGCCAGUGGGUCGACCACGACCUGACCUCCACCCCGACGUCUCCCAGCAUCCGUUCCUUCAGCAACGGCGUCAACUGUGAAACAACCUGCGAGCGAAUUAGCCCCUGCUUCCCCAUUCCGAUCCCGAAGGAGGACCCUCGUUUUUCCCAAAAUACCAGAUGCCUCCCUUUCAUGCGCUCCGCACCAGCCUGCAAGAAGGGGAACAACGUUCGGGAGCAGAUCAACUCCCUGACGGCCUACCUGGACGUGGGGCAGGUGUACGGCUCGGAGGACGCGUUGGCCCGUAACCUGCGUGACUUCACCAACAACGGGGGGCUACUGCGCAUCAACCAGAGAUUCAAGGACGGGGGCAGGGAGCUCCUGCCCUUCACUACCAAGGCGCCCAACAUGUGCGCGACUCGUCGGAAAAUCACCAACUCCUCUGGACUGGAAGAGGUGCCCUGCUUCAUAGCAGGCGACGAACGUGUGGAUGAGAACACUGGCCUCACCUCUCUGCACACUCUGUUCCUGCGUGAGCACAACCGCCUGGCGCGGGCACUGCGCCAGCUCAACCCGCACUGGAACGGCGAGACGCUCUACCAGGAGGCGCGCAAGAUCAUGGGCGGCUACCAUCAGGUGAUCAUAUUCCGGGACUACUUGAAAGCCAUCGUUGGACCCAAUGCCUUUUCUCGUUUCCUCUCCAAAUACCCUGGCUACAAUGAGAAAGUGGACCCCACCAUCGCCAACGUCUUCGCCACGGCUGCCUACCGCUUCGCCCACCUCGCCAUCCAGCCCUUCAUAUUCCGAUUGGAUGAGAACUACCAGGAACACACAAAAUUCCCCAGCGUGCCACUGCAUAAGGCUUUCUUCACCCCCUGGAGGGUGGUCUUUGAAGGUGGGAUAGACCCCCUGAUUCGGGGAUUGGUUGGCCGUCCCGCCAAGCUCAACAUACAGGAUCAGAUGAUGGUGGAUUCGCUCCGUGAUAGGCUGUUCCAGUUCACCGACCACGUGGCGCUGGACCUGGGUGCUCUGAACAUGCAGCGUGGUCGUGACCAUGGCAUCCCUGGCUACAACGAAUGGCGUAGAUUCUGUGGCCUGUCUCAGCCAAAGAACCUAGCGCAAUUGGCUCGGGUUUUGAAAAACCACUCUUUGGCUAAGCGACUUUUGAAGCUGUACGGCACCCCCGCCAACAUCGACGUGUGGCUGGGGGGCGUCGCAGAGCCCUUCGUCCCCGGGGGCCGCGUGGGGCCCCUCUUUGCCUGCCUAAUCGCCAAUCAGUUUCAGAAGAUCCGCCAGGGAGACAGGUUGUGGUGGCAGAACAAGGACGUGUUCACCAUCAGACAGAGGGCUUCCCUGGCCAGUGUCUCAUUGGCCCGCAUCAUCUGUGACAACACAGGCAUCAGAGACGUCCCCCGUGACCCCUUCCUGUGCCGCACGCGUGUAUUCAGCUACACCAAGUGUAAUGCCAUUCCUGCCUUUGACCUCAGGCCCUGGAUCCAGAAACGCUCAGAUGGCAACCAGACUGAUAUCAGCAAAUUCCAGUUUCAAAACGAGAUUCUGAUCCAAAGUGGUGACAGGAAUAUCCAGGACAAUGAGAUCCCCUGGGGCCCCCAGGUCUGAAGGUUUCUCGUGGCCCCCAGAGUCUGGCAGACAGCAGUUAGGCCUUCACUGUUCAACUGAGCUUCAACUAUCCCCAAUCAAAUUAUUAUCCUCCUGGAGAUCAUUGCCAACCGCCAGAACCCUCAUCAACAUGUAGCCAGAGGCAUUUACCUUAGCAGUGCCUGAGUUCUACCUGCUUGUUUGACGGAUUGAUUUUAUGUUUUGGUAAAAGAAUGCAUACAUCAUAUAGUGCAAUUUGUGCCCAGAGGAUAGCACAUUAAGAGCAUUAGCAAACCCUUAUUUUCAACAUCUUCCUCGUUCUCAAUACAAAAACAUCAAAUGAUAUACCACAGACAAUAAAAACGAAUCAAAAUUUCAUAAUUUCAAAACUUUUCAAUAAGAAGAACAUCCUCAGAAAAUAAACCGCCAUACAAAGGAUCUACCAAACAUGGCUGAUCUCACAAAAACCCACAUGAAUGUUGCCCGAGUAGAGCAGAUUUAGUUGGUUAUUGAUCUCCACAAGUACUGCUUCAGCUGCUUUUUUUUACAUACAUCUCUAUGCUGACUCUUUUUGAUGUGCAAGGGAUGGCUGUUUCGGAGACAGACACCAGUGUAGAAAAAACAUCCCCCCUCCCCCCACCCCCACCCCCACCACGACUCCCACCUCAGCUCCGCUGUCUGCCACUAGCUGGAACACCCUCGCGAGUCCCCUCCUGCCCUUGCAACCAGGCCUCAGUUUCUGUUUUCUUCCAGGGAAAGUAAGAUCUCCGAUUCCCUCGCACUCCCUGGGCAACGCUAUGGCAAAUUAGACCUCAGCCUUUCGGCUGGAAGGGCGCUAAUCGAUAGCUGGUAAACGAGCCAACAUCACAAAGCAUGGUUAGCAUUAACUGAACAUUACGAAAUGAGAGCUAAGGAAAUGUUGGGAUGUGCUAUCCGUGCUCAGGAGACAGCUUAAUAAAUGAGUCCCAAGAUUUACAUAGCUCACCCAUUUCUAACUCAAGACACCCGAUUGUGACACUUUGGUCAAAGAUGACGAAGUCAAUGGUUAUGGUAAACACCAGCUCAAAGUCGAUUCGCCCAGACAAUUUGCUUUGCCAUAAUUGCUCCAUGUAAUAAACCGUAAUAAAAACGCUGCACCAGUUAAUGUGAAAUUAUUCACGGAUCAAUAAAAAAGUUGCUUAAAAAAAGUGCCGGUUGAUA